AUGGCGCAAGGAACGAUCAAAUUGAAGAACCCCAAAGGAGGUAACACAAAGGGCGGUAAAAAGCCCAGCGUUCUCGGUCCCGGCCCGAAAAAGGGCCAGCGGCAAAUCGCUCCGAAAAAGGCAGAUUUGGUAAAGAAGCAAAAGCUGGCAAAGAAAUUCUCAGGUGGUCUCACGGCGAAGACGGAACGCAAUCUUGCUGAGAAAGCGGGCCAUCUUGAAUUACUCGCGAGCGCGAAACGACGAGAGAAAGAGGGAGCUGCCGGGAAUGGAAAGGGCAAGAAUGGGAAGAACUGA